AUGGAAAUUUCUGAAAUUGUACAUCGCGAACAAACACCUAGCAAGGAACGACCUUUUCAAUGCACAUACGAUAGUUGCAUAAGGGCAUUUGCUCGACGCUCUGACCUUGUGCGUCAUUUGCGCAUUCAUACAAAUGACCGGCCCUUCAAAUGCGGGGUGUCCAUGUGUGAUAAAAGUUUUAUUCAGCGCUCGGCAUUGAAUGUACAUAUGAGAACUCAUACUGGUGAGAAGCCUCAUUUAUGCGAGUAUCCCCAAUGCGAUAAGCGUUUUAGCGACAGCAGCUCACUAGCCCGACACAGACGUACACAUACUGGACGAAAACCGUAUCGCUGCUCUGAGGGUUCAUGUACCAAACGAUUCGUUCUUAAAACCACCUUAAUACAACACAUGAAGGCGGAACAUCCGAGUAAAAACCAGCAGCAGAAAGCCAAAUGGCAACCAUUUCGUCAAGAGCGACAA